UUUAUUUAGAAUAUUGGUUCGUUAACAAUACAGUCAAUAUACACAACUGACUCAAUAUCCACUAUGAAGUACAUGGAAACAGUAUACAGUGAUCCCUCGUUUAUCGCGGUAGAUGCGUUCCAAACCUGGCCGCGAUAGGUGAAAAUCUGCGAAGUAGGGACACCAUACUUACAGUAUUUAUUUAACAGGUACGUAUUCAGUAUUCAGACUUUUAAAACCCUCCCUUUACAUAGUACUGUAUUUUUGCUUUUUUUAUAGUUUCAUUACAAAAAGUGCAUUUUAUGAUGAAAUUGAUGAAAAAAAAAAAGGAAUUUCUUGAUAUUUCGCAUAGAAAAAUACCGCGAAUCGGUGAAUUUCCCUUGAAUAAGGCUCCAAAGAAAAAAUCCGCGAAGUCGUGAAUCCGCGAUAAACGAACCGCGAAGUAGCGAGGGAACAAAAACAUACCAACAGAUUCAACGCCAGGGGUUACUGCAUACAAAUUAUGAAACAUAUGAGAAUGAUAAUCGAAACAGGAAACAAUACGAGACAUGCAACAGAGUAUGAAUUAUGGAAAGAUUUGAAAUUUCGAGCAGAGACUUAGUGUCUUAAUGACUUUGUUAUUGGUCGAGGUGGAGAUUGUUUUCAAAUAAAGCUUAAGUUCUUUUUUCAAGACACAAAAGGAAGGUCUUAUUUUUAACACUUUACAUUUAUGGAUGUAAAACUUGGUCAGCAAUAUGAUAAGAUUAGAUAUGAACAGUUCAUUUUCUUAAUCCCUCUGAUAGUCUAGAAAUCCAAACAGAACAUUGUGAAAAUGUAAUACAAAGGUCUCAUGGAUAUGGUCCAAUAUAAAUCUACAGACGCCUUGCCAUAGUUUCCGAGUGUGUUCACAAGUCCAGAACAAGUGGUUGAUAGUUUCUGGGUGCUCCUUGCAGAAAGUACAGGAUACAUCAACGUCUUUAAUGAAUCUCCUCAGGAAUGUUUUAACACGAUAAUAGAGAUGAAGGAGUUUGAACAUGACUUCUUUGACUUUGUUUGUAAGCAAGUAUCUGUUAGGAAGAGUCCAUACUUUUUCAUACAACACAUAUUGAACAAGUGAAUUCCAUUUAGGGAGAACAUGUGGUACAGAAACACGAUCAGCUAGAAAAAGGGAGCAAAUUUGCUUAUCUGGCCGUAAUCUCGAUAGAAAACAAAGUUUCCCUAUAAAUGUGUCACUUGGAUCAGGCAAAGGGGUCAUGUUAGAUGGUGGGGUGGUAUAACUUUUGAAAAGCAUAAUAACACCAGAUGGACUAGCGUCGAAAACAAUAGCAAAUUCUUUAGGGGUUACAGGAGUUUUAUAAUGAGAAAGAAAUUCUUGAUAAGUGAAUACAUUUCCUACCUUAUUAAAGAGCUGAUUGAUCUUUAUAAUGCCAUUCCUAAACCAAUUGUCAAAGAAUAAGGAUUUCCUUUUGUAACAGACAUCUUUAUUGUUCCAUAUAAGGUAAUUAUUAGGAGAAAAGUUAUGCUUAUAAAUUAGAGACCAAGCCAAUAACAUUUGUUUAUGAAAAUUUGAGAAUGAAACAUUGUAGUUGCACAUUAAGAGAAAUUUUAGUCCACUCAGCUUAGUGUGAUAUUCUAUUUAAAUAUGAAUGAUCUGUCUGACUGAUGUUUGAAUUUUUGAUUUAAUAUUACCUUAGGUUCUUUGACUUUUCAGGGAACACACACUUCUUAUUAAUUCAGACAGAGUCAAGAAUAGUUAUAAAAAUGAAUUAAAUUCUAUUUUUCUAACCUAACGAUUAUACAGGACAAAGUAUGAAUGAAAUGAUGGAAUUUAAGCUGGAUGUUUGUAGCAAAACCUUGUAGUAUCUGAAAGAUCUUGUGAUGUCUGGGUUGUAAAAUCAGUUUGGUUGUAGGUUGGUUGGAGAUUAUUCAUAAAACCAUCCGACACCAUGGUGCAGAGUCCACAUUACCCCUUGUGUGACGGUAGCUCUUGAGUGGAAUGGGGAGGAGGCAGACCAAGUGGUGAGUUCACCGGACGUUGUGGCUACAGGAAUCUCAAAGAGUCGUAGCGCCCUUUGAGGUCCGGCCAGAAGAUACCACCACGGUCUGCAAUUUAGACGUUCCACACCUGAGGAGCUGUAGUGUCUGAUAUCACUCGCAAGCAGUGCAGAGCGACUGUGACUUUGGACAAAAGAGACGAUGGUUCCAAAUGCUUGCUCACCCAAUCGACUUAAUCAGGAGGCUGGCGAAGAACAGAGCAAUCAGGAAGUGAUCCCUUUAUUUAUUAAAUGUUGUUGACAAAUUUGAACAAAACAGAAUUUCACCAUUUUAAAGGGCGUUACCAAAGACCUCAGAGAAUCACUCCCUCACUUAGAUACUUAGUGGUUAACUCAUAGUGUGAAGUGAAAAUGUUAUUACACAUUACUGUGAAGUGAAUGUUAAAGCAUUAAUAAUAACAUAAUGAUGUGUGGAAAAUACUGAUAGAUUUAACAUCAAAAUCAACAAAUACUGAUCUGGUGUAAUUUAAGAUCAGGAAAAAUAUUUAUUUAACCCACAAUGUCAAGUAUAAGACACAUUAUUCAAACACUUUGGAUUCAAACAAAUUGUUCAUUCACCAGAAUAUGAUUAUGGGAAGUUUUAAAAAGUCCUUUAUGACAAGAAAGAUAAGCUUUUCAGAGAGUUGAAGAUAAGAAGUCCUGCAUCCUGCAGCCUUGAGGCUCAUGAAGCACGCAGGAUGUGUUAAGAAUAUUGGCCCAAGUUCACCUCGUAUCGGUACCAAGGUGUCAGAUUGACCUGUAUGAAGCUGUUUGGCCCUGCAAGUCAAAAGUUAACUUCAGGUCUUUUUUGAUGAAAUACUCGGCCUUUUGGUAUGCUACACUAACUUAGCAUCACCUGCAUGUCAUGGGCCUGGAAGCUUUAGCAGUACUGGUGUGUAAUCUUACCUCACCAUUCGAUUCAAUUUCUAUUCAGGGUUCUUUGAUUAGAUUAUUAAACAAUUACCAUGGUUACCACUAUUUUAAUGCACUUUGUUUUUGCUUUUUUAAUGAUUUCAAAUUAAUUCAUCAAACAUUCAUUCUAGUUAUUUAAUACCCUUAACUCCACUAUGUUAUUCGUGUAAAACUGAACAAAUCCCCUACAUAGGUUUGCAUGAAAUCUACAAGAUAAACGUAAAUAAUGAAAAUUAAUAUAAACACAUCAGUUGCUUUUAUGAACAGAAUCAGCAGAGUCGGCAAACAGGAGAAAUACAGAGAUGUGGAGUUUCUGGUCUUGACAUCACGUGACAGUUCACGUGGGACUGUGAAAAACAAACACCUUUUGGAGCGGCUCACGAAAAAAAUAAAACGUAAGGGGCGUUGCUUAAAUCAGCACAAAAAGCAACAUAACUUUCAACCUAAAAGGAAGUCCAUGAUGUAACGGAGACCCCCCUAUACACUUUAUCCCACCAUCAGGUAAUCUUUGUAAAACCGCAUUACCACCACAGACUGCCUUUUACAAUGACCAAAGGCUCCCUGGUGCUGCAUCAGCUUUGCAGCAAAGUAAUGCCGUAGUUUACAAGGAGGCUGGGGUUGCGGGAAAGUUUUGUCAGCUGAUUAGGAGGAAAAGCCAGCAGCCUAUUCCCUUCAUCUAAACCUGGAUGGAAACGUGUAAGGUGCAGUCACAUGUUGGUAGUGUUGCUGUUGUGUUUCAUUUUAGUUCUACACAACUUUCCUUUAAUUCUCCUGAUGAGUAAAUCUCUUGCUCUGUGGCUGAAGCUAAUGAAAUAACUUCCGUCAUUGAGUUUUGUUUUUUUUCCACUGGUGGCCACAUGCUGUAGAGGCCAAAUAAUGAUUUAAACAACCCAAAAUAAUGAUAUUUAGGUGAAAAACUCAAAAAAUGAUAUUGAGGUGAUGUUUGCAUGAAAACCCCAAAAUAAUGGUUUUUGGGUGACAUUAAGGUAAAAAAAAACAAAAUUAUGAUAGUAUUCCUGCAUGUGUAAAACUGCUCCAUUAGAGGGCCUGCCAUCUAAUUACCCCUUAAUUAUGUGCACAUUUAAUUGAUCAUUGUGCAAAUAUUAUGCAAAUUAAAAUCAUCACAGCAUCAAAAUUAGAAACCUUUUGAAGUUUUUUUGCAAAAUAUUUCUCCACUGUAAGUCAAACUGUUUAGAAAAGUGAUAGCACACCUCCCGUGGCCGAGCCGCUCGUUUUGAUGUAUAAUUUGUGGGGGUGCACGCAGCCAUACGAGCAGCAUUGUCUGUGGAAGAAUAAUAACAAAGGUGAUAAAUGUAGGUGACUAAUGUCAAAACCCUCACAGGUGCAUAGCAAUAAGAGCCCUUCUUGCUGCUGCAACUAAUUAAAGGGGUAGAAGCAAGUGCAAUUAAUUAAUUAAUUAAUUAAUUAAUUAAUUAAUUAAUUAAUUAAAGGGGAAGAAGCAAGAGCCUGCUGCUGUGAUUUGGAAUCUAGACACUACUACUAUUUGGAAACUACUACUACUACUGCACGGAACUUACUUUGCAUGACACAUCAAAGGCAAGUGACAUCAUCACUUAGCUGCAUCACUGUAUUACCCACAUCUCUGAGGGAUUCGAUCAGACACCAUCUGACUUUGUGACAAGUUUACGUGUUUUCACACUCCCACCACAGAAUUUAAUUUCUCAUCUCAGGAUAAUUCAAGGACCAGCAAUGUCUAGACAGCAGAGACGGCGAGCUCAGAAACACGUGCAACACACGUAUGACCCAUCGAGGCUUGAGCAAGUUACGCUUCUCAUAGAAGAAAAGGAUGAACUGAAAAGCAAACUUGAAGAAACACAGGAGCACUUUAGCAAGGCUACAGGACUUCCAAUUGAUGGAUACCAGCUGAGACAACGGUGUAUUAAUUUGGAAAAACAGCUUCAGGCUUCUCAAAAUCAGCUUAUGGAAAGUGAGUCGAUGCGCAUAGCUGACAGAAACUACAUCAGCGAACUUGUUCAGAACAUUCAAAGCCUGCAAUCUGAGCUGGAAAAUGCAAAGACCAGAGACUGGAAUGCAGAACAGCAAGUAAAACCAGUCUAUGUUAUGGCAGAUGAAAAAUAUACGUUGUUUAACAACAUUUUAAUCAAACUGAGGCACUAUCAAGAUGAAAUCUUUGGUCUCCAGGCUGCCUUUAAUGAGUUUAGUGGGUGGAAAGGUCAAAUUAAAACCAUACAUGGUAAGACAGAUGCCUUGAUCAGCUCGAUAAGUCACCUAGAGGCGAAACUAAGGAACCUGGUGAAAGAAGGUGAAGACAUGAGUGUUUCCAAACAGAACGGCGCCAUAAUCUAUGAGCCUUUACCAGAACUGAGUGAUAUAGAAGAGAGAAAUUUAGACUUAGAGUUUGAAAUUAAAGACCUGACCAUGAAGAAUGAUGAGAAUGAAAGACUAAUUCAGGAACUGAGAAAGAAAUUGGAAAACAGCCACAGAAUAGAGGAAUGCAAUUCUUUCAAAUCAACAAUUGAAGUGUUGCAGACAUCUGAGGCAGCGCUUCUAAAGGAGGUUUAUGGGCUGAAGGAAACGUGCUCAAUGUGCAAUGAAAAGAUUAACAGACUUUCUCAAAACAUCGAAAAUGAGAAAAUGAGUGCAGAGAAAAUUUCUGAGGAGCCAAAACAGAAAAACGAAAAAUUGCAGAUAUUCGUCUCCUCAUUUAGGGACAGUUACCAAAAGCAGGAAGAGAUGAACAUUCAAGAGUCUCACUUGCAGAAAACAAUGAGUCUGCAGGGGCAACAAAUCAAGCAUGAUGAUUUGGAGGGAAGAAAUGAGAUACAUCAGUCUCUUAAUGAAAAAAUUCAGCUGAAAGAAGAUUCUCAAUCAUCCGAACUUCAGUUAAAAUUAGAUCAAUUAAAAGAGAAGCUAGAAAACAAACAAGAGCAGUACAAGAAGCUUUACAAAGACGUCAGGACUUUUGUAGAAACUGUUUCUGAUACUGCAGGAAUCUCACUGAAUAAGAAGGAACCUGUCAGUAAUCAGUUAUCAACAGCCUUAGAAAAAAUCAAAGUUUAUAUGAAUAACACAUCGGAGGGCCUUGUUUCUCGCAGGAAUUUACACAAAGAUUUAACAGCAAAAGCUGCCACCCUAAAGAGGGCAGAACAAGAGCUGGAGUCCAGUAAUAAGGUUAUAGGUGAGCUGCGUAUUCAGCUCGAGGAGAUGAAACAACAGCACAACAAGGAACUAACUGAGCUGGAAAUGGCUUCACAAGACGAAAUUACAAAAUAUACCAAGGAAAUUAGCCAGCUGAAGGACGCAGUUAAAACUGCCAAUUACGAGUUGGAAUACUUGCAAAGUCAAGAUUUCGAGCCAGACGAAGAACUCCCGAAAAAGGUGGAAGAACUGACUCAAGAGCUCCUGAUUAGCAAGGAAAAGCAAAAACAGCUUCAGAGAAUAAACGACAAGCAACAGAAUGAAUGUGAGGAGCUCAGGAAACAAAUCAGGCAACUCAGCGCUGAUAAUGCAAUGUCAGGCUCUGAGGGAAAAUCUGAAGGGAGAUUUUUGGAGGCAAAGCCUCCCAAAGCGAAGAGGGUAAAAGCACCUCUAAAGAAGAAUGGAGGGGAGAAUGAAGUGCUUUCGCCAGGGAAAAGGGCUCCUAAAUAUCAUGCAGGGAUUCAGGAAACAUCAAAGAAAGAAGAAAUAUUUACAGAGCCAUGGUCUUCAGACUCUGAUGAUGAAGUUCAAAAGAGCUUUUGCAAUGAAAAACAUCCCAAAGAAGACAGUUGCUCCAAAAUACCAAAAAAUUUGGGGCCUGAGGUGGUAAAGAUGGACACUUCUCCAAAGAAAACUGAAAAGGAUAAUGAGUUAUUUUUACCUGGGAGAUGGUCUCCGAAAGAUCAAGCCAAAACAUUUGAAAACAGCAAAAUAAGUGAACAAAGCCCACCAUCCAGUUUCAACCCCAAACAAAGAAAGACUGCUUUACCUCCAGUGAGAAGCAGAUGUACUGAACUCCCCCAAAACGUUCUACCAGUCCCUACAGAAGAAUUUGAAAAGAGCUUUGGGAAUGAAAAAUCUCCCAGGGAAGACAAAUAUAAAAAAUCUUCAAUUGAACUGGGGGCGGAGGUAAAAAAGAUGGACGCUUCUCCAAAGAAAAUUGGAAAGGAGAAAGAGUUUAUUUCAUCUGAGAAAAAGUCUCCCAAAGAUCAAGCAGCCACAUCCCAGAGCGUGGAUUCAUUGUUGAAGGAACUUGGUAUGUUUGAUGAUUAUACAAUUGAAGACAGAUGGUUGCCAGGCUCUGAUGGUGGCUAUAGGAAUGAAACAUCUCCCAAGGAAGCCAGACGCACAAAAUCUACAAUUGAUCUAGGGGCUGAAGCAAAAAAGAUGGACGCUUCUCCAAAGAAAAUUGGAAAGGAGAAAGAGUUUAUUUCAUUUGAGAAAAAGUCUCCCAAAGAUCAAGCAGCCAUAUCCCAGAGCGUGGAUUCGUUGUUGAAGGAACUUGGUAUGUUUGAUGAUUAUACAAUUGAAGACAGAUUGUUGCCAGGCUCUGAUGGUGGCUAUAGGACUGAAACAUCUCCCAAGGAAGCCAAACGCACGAAAUCUACAAUUGAUCUAGGGGCUGAAGCAAAAAAGAUGGACGCUUCUCCAAAGAAAAUUGGAAAGGAGAAAGAGUUUAUUUCAUCUGAGAAAAAGUCUCCCAAAGAUCAAGCAGCCACAUCCCAGAGCGUGGAUUCAUUGUUGAAGGAACUUGGUAUGUUUGAUGAUUAUACAAUUGAAGACAGAUGGUUGCCAGGCUCUGAUGGUGGCUAUAGGAAUGAAACAUCUCCCAAGGAAGCCAAACGCACGAAAUCUUCAAAUGAACUGGGGGCUGAAGCAAAAAAGAUGGACGCUUCUCCAAAGAAAAUUGGAAAGGAGAAAGAGUUUAUUUCAUCUGAGAAAAAGUCUCCCAAAGGUCAUGCAGAGAAAUUGGAAAGUAGGAAAACAAUGGUGGAGGCUGGUUCUGAAGAUGUUGAGAGGAAGGAACCACACACACUAUCUGGUCUCAACCCCAAACCAAGACGGACCGUUCUACGUCCAAUUAGAGGGCAACCUAUUGCUCCAAUCACCAAGAACGUUCUUCCUCCUUUGAACAGGAAACCUAUUUAAUAGGGGAAAAAAGCCUGGGCUUCCUUAUAUUUUGAAGGUGUUUCUUGUAGUCAGUCAGUUAGUUAGUUUUAGUUAGUUUUCUGUUUCAUUGUUUGAAUGCUGUUAAGCAUUCAAACUAUUGUUUUCCUGUUUUUCUUUAUUGUUUGAAUGCUGUUUUUUAAUAAUAUUUGACAAUAGCUUCCACAUCAUGAGACUUAGUGAAAUUUUGUUUUGACAUUUUAUUUUUUGAUGGUGUUCUCUCUCUUUUUAGUGUGAAAAUUUUCCAGAGAUGUUGUGGUACUUUACCUCAAGUUCUACUAUUAUUUACUGAGAUACCAAGUUCACUUGUUUUUUUUAAUACAUUUGUGGUUUCUAAUAUAAUAAAUGCCUUGUAAGUCCAUCUCUUUGGGUAAAAAUGCUCAGGUGCUCCUGUUUCAGGGAAGAGAAGUUAGUUGGAAGAGAGGGCAAGAAACAGCAGGAUUUAAUACUCUGUAUAGGGUAGGGUGACUAUACGUCCUCUUUCCCCCGGACAUGUCCAUGUUUCUGUUAGGUAUUUUCAUUUUCCCAUCCAGGGUUACCUGAAGGGAAAGCUCAACACGCAGGGGUUGUAUUAACAAGCUGAUCGAUUUAACCCAUACCAAUCUUUACCAAUAAUCAAACAAUUUAGACUUUGCAAAGGGAGAGCAUGAAUACAUCACACCACACACGGGUUGUCAGUUCACUCUCGUCAGACAAAAGCCCUCCAAGAGUAUUUAUUAAGAACACACAAAAAUGAUAAAACGCACACACAUUGACACACAUUCCUUUAGAAAGGGAGACAAACAGGCGCUGGCACAGAGCGUUCUUACUGAUAAGCCAGGACUGAAAAGAGGCAAGGUCAAAUGCCUGUCUGUUGCCAGGGAAAAAUGAGCUGGAUGAAGCUUUCGUUUUAAAAAAUAAUUAAUACAAUAAAAAUAAAGUAAUAAAUAAUGUAUCCAUAAUUUAUCUAACAGUUUCACUCUCUGUCCGGGGCGUCCGUGGGGUUCCUACUGUCAUGUACCUGGGCAGAGGUGAGUCACACCAUCUCACUCUAACCAUUAUUGAGCUGAUUUCCCACAGGUGAGGAGCGGAGGGGGCGGCAGCUGCAGGAGAUCCCAAUCAGGAACGUGCGUUUAAAAGGAGGAUGGAGACACCUCACCACGCCGGAUGAUUGCACCAGUUUAGGAUCCUCACACAACCUGCUCCACCCUUGCUUUCUUCGAACUUUGGAUUUCAUACACCACGUCCCAUCCUCCUCCGUUGUUCCUGUUUGGUCCCCCUCUGCUACCUCACCCAUCCCAGAUCGCUCACCCUCUGCCCAGCGCUCACCUCGGCUCCCCCUCCUUCCUCGUUCUCCCCGAGCGCUACACGGACGUGAGCUGCACCGCUCACUCCCACAGGACUUCCCUGUGAUAUUUUUGUUCCCGUUUUUUGAAUAAAGACAUUUUUCCUUUACUCACUUUACUCGUCGAGUCUGAUUCUGCAUGUCUUGGGUUAGGCACUUACCUCGAGUCAUGACACCUACUUCGAUCAAAAUGUCCGGUUUUUUAUCCAGGAGCAGGGAUCGAGUUAUGGGGGGCUAGAUAUCUUUCAGGGAAAGAUCCAGUUUCUACCUGUAUUACAAUAUUUAUGGACUCUCAGCGUAGCGGGAUUCUGUUGAGCGGAGAGGACGCAGAGCACUGAUCGUUGGUGCGCCCGCUGCGUCCGGCGCAUGGUACAUUCUCAAAGUGGCACAACAAAACAUUAUUAACACAUGAUCGUUCGUAUCUGUUUAUAUCCUCUGGUACUUUGUCUUUUAAUCGUUCCUGACACGCUGCGCUCAUCAUGUGCUGCGGUGAUUUCACUUCACUGACGCAGAAUCGAAACGCGCACUCUGCUUUGCAGUCAGGAGAUCCCUUUGCUCAGAAGUAACUGAUGAGGUGAACAAUAAGAAUCCAGGCACCAGUUUUUCUGGAGAGUUUAGAGGAGAUGCAGGAAGAUGAGAGACAGACAGGACAGGAAAAUAGUUAAAUUUAAACAAGAAAAUAAAGCAAAGUGUUGAAAAGUAAAAUGUAGGUAGAUUUAUCUCCACUACAUGUUUUUACUUGUAUAAAACAACAAGUUAUGCACAUCAAUCAAUCAAUCAAUUAGACUUUAUUGUCACUUCAGCCAUAUACGGUUUGUACACAGUGAGGCGAAACAACGUUCCUCCAGGACCAAGGCGCUACAUGCAACAUAAAUUUACAACAUAAAACAACAGGGAAAUCACUAAACUAUCUAACUAAGGACAGAACAAACUGACCUAACAUGACACGUCCUCUCCAAGUAGGCAGUACAAAGGAAAAAAUAAAUUAAAAAACACAAACAUACUUAGUAUGUAGGUGGUAAAGAAUCAUAAAAAAAAACAUGCAAAGAAAAACAUCAGUGUGUGUGCGUGUGUGUGUGUGAGCGUGCGCGCAGGAGACGAAUGGCUUGUGGAAAGAAGCUGUUGCACAGUCUGGAUGUGUGUGUCCGAAUGCUUCGGUACCUUCUUCCAGAUGGCAGGAGGUUGAAGAGUGUGUGAAAGGGGUGUGACCAAUUAGCCACAAUGCUGGUGGCUUUGCGGAUGCAGCGUGUAGUGUAGAUGUCCUACACAUGUAAUAUUUAUACAUUUGAUACAAUUCAGAUCACCUUCAAUACUCAAGUCACACACCCAGGGCCUCUUCAAAGCAUUUUGGGGGCCAAGGCAAAACGGAACAGUUUUCUCCGUGUCUGGUUCGAUGACGUCAGUUUCGUGAAGCUCACAAAAUGUUAAAGUGGCCUUACUUGGCAUUUCUGAGUUUUAUUUGUGUAUAUUUCUUUUGAGUAUGGCUGCUAUUUUAUGCAUUUUCUAUCAUUUUUCAUUCUUAUGUUUAUUCGUUUAGCAGACGCUUUUAUCCAAAGUGACUUACAAUUUAUAACCUAUAGGGCAUGUUGUGAUCUGUGGGGGAAACCGGAUUACCCGGAGGAAACCCACGCAUGCAUGGGGAGAACACGCAACUCCACGCAGAAAGGCCACAGCCGAGUUUCGAACCUGCGACCUUCGUGCUGCGAGGCAACAGUGCUAACCACUGCGCCACCAUGCAUAUUGCACCGUGUGAUGUAAUAAAAAUUGGGUUGAAGUAGAUAAAGGUCAGGCCCAUAAUGUCAGACAAUGGAUUUAAUGAAAGAAGACUCACUCUUUCUUUUUACAAAGACGGCACCAAAAAGAAGGCAUCAGCCCAAAAUAUCAACAAUUAACUGGUUUAAUGUGGAUACAAAAUAUGAAUAAACAAACAAAAAAUUAAUUAAUUAAUAAACAGAAGCUCAAAAAUGACAAUUUCUUUAUUUUAAGAUUUUCAACAAUAAAAACUGAAUUUGUGCUGGAAGCCUAAUAAUUUAUCUAGGUAAUGAAAAAAAAAUCAGAUACGUGGACGAAAAAAUAUUUAAUGAACUAGAAGGGACUUUCCCGCUGGUACAAGAUAGUGUUCAUGCUAAUGUAAAAAAUGUCUUUAGAAGACCUGCCAUCUAAUUAUUUAAGUGCAUAUUUAACUGAUAAUUAAGCAAAUCUUAUGGAAAAUUAGUGGCACACUUUCCAAAUGAAAAAUUUUUCAAUGUUUUUGUUAAUAAUUUCACCAUGGUAGAACAAAACGCUCAGAAAAGUAAUGGCACUUCCCAUGGCCGACACACUCGUUUUGAUGUAUAAUUUGUGAAGGUGCAUGCUGCCGUUCGAGCCGCAUAGCUUCCACAAAAAAAUAAUAAUACAGGUCAAGAUACUGGCGCGCUACCCUAACAUGUCCAGCCGGCACACAUACCUUUCAUUAUUCUACUCUGCUUUGCUGCAUUUUGGGGCAUUUAGUUUUUAUGAACGAUUAUGAAUAUUUAUGAAUCAAUUUUGAUUCAGCGUGUACAUCAUGAAGCAUUGAUCAAAUGGUGAAUCGGCACACCCCUACUUUGUACACAAAAACACUCUUCAGAAAAAUGAGAAAUGGAAUAUUAAAUGUCCCAUGUCUUUGUGUCCCUCCAGCUGGUGCUUCCAGAGUGUUACGGUCCCUAUUGUAGCGGAGGAAGUUUUUCUGUGCCAAAGGUUGUAUUUGCCCGGCUGGGUCGAAGCUGGGUCACCAGCAACUUUCACCCACAGAUAAAGACCUGAGCUGCCAGCAAGUCUACAAGGAAUCAACAACAUCCAACACCUGCAUCACCAGAAGGAGUUCUCACAGAAAGUCUAGCCAUAAUAAAGAGUCUUACACUUCCUUUGUUUAUUAAUGCUAAAUAAUCAUUUUAUCACUUUAUUCAUUAUAAAUGUAUUUUAAUCAAAUGAAUUAUUAUUAUGCUUUGGGUAAUCAUAAUAACUAUAAUGAAUCAGUAUACUUAAUUAAUAAUGUUUGAAGAUGUUUGGUGAUGACCUUCACACUCGCUCACACAGGUCUGCAUUCACAGUAACUCCAAAACACAUUUGCUCUGACGCACAAGUUUGCUUUGGGAAGAGAAGUGGUUUUUGGUAAGUUAGUCAGUUCGGGUUUGACAACGAGAGAGAGCGGAUGUGCUGAACAAACGCCAACGGGGAACGGA